AUGAUCAAUACGAAUUCCAAAGCAACAAGCAUGGAAAAUGAUAGUGGCAAUCAAAGUCCCGUACAAUCAACCAACAGUCAUGAUGACAACACUUUUGAAUCGGGCACAAUUGGAUCAUUAACAAGCCUUUCAAUAGAUCCGCAAGAAAUCGAAGGAGUUCAUUAUGGCAAAUGCAAAUGGUUUAAUGUGGCCAAAGGUUGGGGUUUUAUAACACCCAACAAUGGUGGUCCCGAAGUGUUUGUCCAUCAGAGUGUUAUACAAAUGAUCGGAUUUCGAUCGUUGGCAGAACAAGAAGAUGUUGAAUAUGAAUGUCACAUGACAAAAAGAGGACUUGAGGCCACACGAGUUUCUGGUAGACAAGGAAAUGAUUGUCAUGGCAGCACUUUUCGGCCGCGCUUCAAAAAAAGUAAUCGCCGUUUACGCUGCUACAAUUGUGGUAAAUUUGCUAACCAUCUGGCUUCGAAAUGCAAAUUAGAACCGCAGCCUAAACGUUGUCAUUUGUGUCAACAGGAGGAUCACUUGUUUGCUACAUGUCCCUCCUCAAAACAAAAUUCCAGAAAUGACUCCCAGCCCCAUACCACCAAUGAUGAACAUUCCUUUGCCAGUGAACAUGACAUCAAUAAUCUGCCAGAUUUAACUGAUGAAUCCAGAUAA